UACUUUUCAGGGCUGCCAUGGCAUUGACUGCCUUUGCAACAGCCCCUGCUGGCCAAGUGAACCAACUGGGCCGUUGCACUUACCCUUCGCGGGCUUUGUCAUUUGAACGCAACGGGGCAGCCCUUGGAAGCCCUGCGAGAGGUGAAAGUAUCUUCGCCUUCGCUGUCCUAGCUGCUGGCUGCCGGCACCUGCAACGGCACAGCUCCUGGAAGCGACGAGACCGGGGGCGAGAGGGCGUCGUGAGACUUGCGGCCCAAAAUCUUCCCGAUGGCAGUGCCAUCCAGUUGGCUGCAGCGUUGCCAGCUCUGCCAGAUCAACCCUUGGAGGUGUUGUCGGCUUUGGCUCUGGCAAUCAUUUGCCACGAGGGUGGUCACUUUCUAUGCCUUCGCAGCAUCGGUUUACCUGCGGAAGAGUUUGCGAUUGGCUUUGGACCGGAGGUGAUCAACUUUGGCCGAAAAGAUGGUACUGAGUUCGUAGUCAGAGCACUACCUAUUGGUGGCUAUGUUCGAUUUCAAGAUGAGAAGACUGUGAAACUGGAAGACGGAAACAUGGUGACCGAAUUUGAUGCUCGCAGUGCGCCUGAGCGCCUUUGGGUGUUGGCUGGUGGAGUAUUGGCCAACGUCGCUGUGGCUUGGUCGUCCUUGGUCCUUGGCGUGCUGAAUUUUGGCGUGCCGACCAGGGACCCGCUGCCGGGCAUCCGAAUUGAGGCAGUGGAUGAGGCGGCCUUCACUCGAACAGGAUUAAAGGCCAAGGAUGUUCUUCUGAAGAUUGGCAGCUUGGACCUGAACUUCAUUGGAGCUGAUGUCCGCUCUACAGUAGAUUACAUCAGCAAGCUGCCGCAGGGCAGGGCUGUGGAGAUGGUAGUUGACCGAGCUGGUGAGCAGCUUCAACUGAAUGGCACCACCGUCACAGAUCCCAACACAGGGUGCCUCGGCUAG